CAUUCUGAAGGGAAACACGUCAUGACCUGAUUAACAGAACUUCUGACCGACAUGCAAAUAAAGCGGAAAAGAAACGUAUAAAAGGCGAGAAGGACGAUGAGGAAGUGCAGUAGGAGACCAGGUGGACACGGCAAUCCCCGGUGAGGCUUCAAAGACUUUGAAGAAGCGGAUCUUCUAGCAGUUAGACAAACCGUCUACAAAACAGAGUACGGAAUGGCUCACUCGUUGCUACUCGUUCUCUUCAUCGCUGUCGGCUGUUCGGUCUGCCUGGUCCAUUGUGUUCCCGCGCCCGCCUCAAGGUCUCGCGAGAACUUGCGUAUGGCGAAGCUGCUGAUGCGAGACUUGGAGAACAUGGGGCACGACGACAGGCACAAAUUGUUUGAGGACAUCCGAACGCAGAGUCUACAUGAGACGUCACCGUAUCUCAUCACAAGAGUCCCGCUGCAGAUGAAACGCCAGGCAGAGUCUCCGGAGUUGUCUAUCGGGGUGUCUGUGGCGCUGCUGCGGGACUUGGUUAGACUGCGCGAGGAGAGUCAGGUCAGGGAGGCCGCCAUAGAGGCGAACGAGGAUGACUUGGAGGAAAUAGGAAAAAGAAGAUUCGACUGACCAACAGCUGCCCGGACGUUUCCAUGACAACGACUUUUAUCGUUUCCUCUCACACAAAGAGGAUUUUUUUUGCCGAUGACAUCAACGCUCAUCAAUGCACGGUUCCGUAUCUUAUCAAUGAAUAGCGAGUCUAUAUGAGUAAAAAGGCGAAGCCAGCUGCAACCGAAUUCAAAUCGGUCUGGUAGAAAGCUAUGUUGGAACUGAUAGGAACAGCAAACCCAUACAAACAAAAACAGAAAUGUUACAUAAAGUACUAGGAUGUACAGGGAAAAAAGUAGCUGGCAAGCCAUGUUCUGUAUAGGGUUGAGGAUGUGUUAGAACAAGUAGACAACACGCAGUGUAUGUAGACCGGAUUGUUCUAUAGCAUUCUGUGAAAGCCUUUACAGAACAGGAUUGCUUGGCUAUCGAAAAAAAAAAAUAACCCUUUAAGAAAGAUGUACAAUAAAGGGUAUAGGAAUAAAAUAUCAGUGAAGA